AAACCAAAACUAAAAGCAAGUCAUUGAAUUUUAACGAAUGAAAUCUACAAAGAGAAUUGAGUAUUCUGUUCAAAACUGUGUUUUAUAAAUUAAUACAAAAUAUAUAUUCGAAAUUACCAUGUCUGCGAAUAGAGAAGAUACAUUACGUCAGUUUUGUGAUGUUACCGGUGCUGACGAAGAUCGCAGUAAAUUCUUUUUAGAAUCCUCAAACUGGCAAUUAGAUGUUGCUCUUUCAAGUUUCUAUGAGAACGGUGGUAAUGCAGAUGAGGCUCCAGCUAAUCCAACGAGUGCGGCAUCAUUCUCUGUUCUGCCAGACAGCGAUAUGGAAUCACCACCCGUCUCACCUCAGGUACAAAAGUCCCAGAAAAAAGAAAAAAAGAAAACCUCAAAUACAAAGUUUGGGACCAUAGGAUCUCUGCAGCAGGAAAGCUCAAGUGAUGAGGAGGAAGGUCAGGCAUUUUAUGCUGGGGGCUCAGAGCGGUCCGGGCAACAGAUCUUAGGGCCAAGUAAAGGCAGGAAAGAUAUCGUCUCUGAAAUGUUCAAGAGCGUCAGAGAGCGAGGAGCAGUCGUCUUUGAAGACGAACCAACAUCCAGUAGAGGCCGUGGUCGAGGGGGCCUCUUCGCCGGAGUUGGCUAUAGAUUAGGACAAACUGCAGAUGAUCACGAGCCGGUGUCCGCAUCGAAUCCACAACAACAAGAGCAAGUGAGACUGGUGAGACUGUGUCUGUACCGCGAAGGCUUCACGGUGGACGCGGGUCCGCUGCGCCACUACAGCGACCCGGAGAAUGCGGAGUUCCUGAGCUGCAUACGCCGCGGUGAGAUUCCGUCGGAGUUGUCGGGGCAGGGGGUCUCGGUCCGGGUGAGCCUCGAGGACAGCAGACACGAGGAGUGUCCCCGACACGUGGUCAAGCCGCAGGCCUUCGCCGGGAAGGGACACAUGCUGGGCAGUCCCACUCCCCCCACGGUGGGCGCCACAGCCGCCGUGGCGGGCGACCAGGCCGACCGCGCGGCCAACCUCCGCGCCGCACAGAGCGCCGUCACACUCGACGAAACGCAACCCGUCACUACGCUGCAGUUCCGACUGGCCGACGGCACCCGCAUCACGGGCCGGUUCAACCACAGCCACACGGUCGGCGCGCUGAGGGAGUUCGUGUCGCGAGCGGAGCCGGCGUACCAGCUGCGGCCAUUCAGUCUGCUGACGGCCUUCCCGAGCGCGGAGCUGGGUGACGACGCCGCGACCCUGGCGCAGGCGAACCUGCUCAACUCGACGGUCAUGCAGCGGCUCAAGUAGCGACACCAAUAGUUUUGUUGUAUUAAAACGGUCUUAUAUAAAAUGGAUUUUGAUUUGU